AUGGUAAAACAUAAUCCUGGACGUCUUGCUGCGAUAGUGGUGUCUGUUGUUGGCUUUGCAAUAAGUUUGGUGUUCAAUGGGUUGUCUGUAGUUGGACUUGGUCCCUAUGCCACCACCACAGCCAAUGUGUCUGCUGUGUUCGACACCCAGAUCACACCUUCAGGAUGGACGUUUAACAUCUGGAGUGUCAUCUACAUCUGGCUGACAGCGAUGAUUAUCUACAUCCUCAUGGGACUUUGCAGAAAAAAUGGUUAUGGCUACAUUUACUGCAGCCCUGCAGUGCUGCCGUAUGGAUUCUUCAUUAGCUGGUGCCUCAAUCUGUGUUUCAAUAUCGGUUGGCUGCUUGUUUGGGACAGAGGACAAAUGAUUGCUGCACUGGUGUUUCUCUUCCUGGUCAUCUGCACAAACUACUCCAUGAUAUGCUUCACCUGCCACGGACUUCAUAUUUAUGGAGCCUGGCUCAAGAAAUACCACAAAGCAGAUUUGUGGCUCCUCCGUGUGUUUGUUCAGAAUGGUGUGAUGAUAUACACCACAUGGACAACCAUUGCAACACUAAUCAACCUGACCAUUGUUCUGAGUUAUGAUGCAAAGAUGUCCCCAACGGAUGCUGCCACCAUCUCAUACUCUAUUUUGGCUGUUGUGCUUCUUGUGUGGUUUGUUCUGGAGAACUUUGUACUUGACAAACAUGUGCGAUACAUCCUUAUCAUCUACCCUGUUGUGAUCUGGGCAUUGUCUGGAAACCUCGACAAAAACUACGAUGCUCAAUCACCCAGCAGAAAUGGCAUCUUCAUUGUUGUGCUGCUGGCUUUAGCCUCUGUGCUGUUUGCCAUUCGGAUUGUUUUGGUGGUUUGGAGACACAUCAAACAGCCACUGUACGCAGACGUCAGUCCUGAAGCCAUGGAACCGGUGGAGAUUGCUGAUAAGCAGAAAAAGAUAUUUCGCUAA